UCUCAGUACAAUGCAGAAUAGUAGACAUCCUUGACUUAUGCCUGUUCUUAGAAGAAAAGUGUUGCCUUUCUGCCCGUGGACGCUGCUGAGUAAGCAUCGUGAAAGUCUCCCCUCUCACCGCCAUCAUGUCUAAGUCUGAGUCUCCCAAAGAGCCUAAACAGCUGCGGAAGCUUUUCAUCGGAGGUUUGAGCUUUGAAACAACCAAUGAGAGUCUGAGGAGCCAUUUUGAGCAGUGGGGAAUGCUUACGGACUGUGUGCUAAUGAGAGAUCCAAACACCAAAUUCUCCAGAGGCUUUGGGUUUGUCACGUAUGCAUGCCACGUGGAAGAGGUGGACGCAGCCACAAAUGCAAGGCCACACAAGGUGGAUGGAAGAGUUGUAGAACCAAAGAGGGCUGUCUCGAGAGAAGAUUCUCAAAGACCUGGUGCCCACUUAACUGUGAAAAAGAUUUUUGUCAGUAGCAUUAAAGAAGACACUGAAAAACAUUACCUAAAAUAUUAUUUUGAACAGUAUGGGAAAAUUGAAGUGAUUGAAAUCAUGACUGACCGAGGCAGUGGCAAAAAGACAGACUUUGCUUUUGUAACAUUUGGCAACCAUGACUCUGUAGACAAGAUUGUCAUUAAAAAAUACCAUACUGUGAAUGGCCACAACAGUGAAGUAAGGAAAGCUUUAUCUAAGCAAGAGAUGGCUGGUGCUUCUUCCAGCCAAAGAGGUCGAAGUGGUUCUGGGAACUUCAGCAGUGGUUGUGGAGGUGGUUUAGGUGGGAAUGACAACUUUGGCCAUGGAGGAAACUUCAGUGGGUGAGGUGGCUUUGGUGGCAGUCAAGGUGGUGGUGGAUAUGGUGGCAGUGGGGAUGGCUAUAACGGAUUUGGUAAUGAUGGUGGUUAUGGAGGAGGCGGCCCUGGUUACUCUGGAGGAAGCAGAGGCUAUCAAAGUGGUGGACAGGGUUAUGGAAACCAGGGCAGUGGCUAUGGCAGGAGUGGCAGCUAUGACAGCUAUAACAAUGGAGGAGGUGGAGGCAGCUUUGGCAGCGGUAGUGGAAGCAACUUUGGAGGUGGUGGAAGCUGUAAUGAUUUUGGCAAUUACAACAAUCAAUCUUCAAAUUUUGGACCCAUGAAAGGAAAUUUUGGAGGCACAAGCACUGGCCCCUAUGGUGGUGGAGGCCAAUACUUUGCCAAACUAUGAAACCAAAGUGGCUGUGGCGGUUCCAACAGCAGCAGUAGCUAUGGCAGUGGCGUAAGGUUUUAAUUACUGCCAGGAAACAAAGCUUAGCAGGAGAGGAGAGCCAGAGAAGUGACAGGGAAGCUAUAGGUUACAACAGAUUUGUGAACUCAGCCAAGCACAGUGGUGGCAGGGCCUAGCUGUUACAAAGAAGACAUGUUUUAGACAAUACUCAUGUGUAUGGGCAAAAAACUCGAGGACUGUAUUUGUGACUAAUUGUAUAGCAGGUUAUUUUAGUUUCUGUUCUGUGGAAAGUGUAAAGCAUUCCAACAAAGGGUUUUACUGUAGAUUUUUUUUGCACCCAUGCUGUUGAUUGCUAAAUGUAAUAGUCUGAUCAUGAUGCUGAAUAAAUGUGUCUUUUUUUAAAUGUGCUGUGUAAAGUUAGUCUACUCUGAAGCCAUCUUGGUAAACCACCCCAACAGUGUGAAGUUAGAAUUUCUUCAGGGUGAUGCCAGAUUCCAUCUGAAAUUUAUUUGCAACCUGCUUGGGCACAGAAGCCAUUGUCUCCACAAAUAUUGGUGUGGUUGAACUGACAGUUAACAUGUUGUCACCUGGAGUUCACCGUUAAAAGGGUCACCCAAGCAAAGUCCUGGAGUUUAUUUGGUUAUUAAUAUGAUUGUUGGCACAUCCUAUGCAAUAUAUCUAAAUUGAAUUAUGGUA